AUGUCAGUCCAAACAGAAACCAACAAUAGUCCAAUGACUGCAAUGGGAUCAAAACAAGACUAUGACACCUCAUCUGCAGGUCCAAAGGGAAUAACAUUUGCUGGUGAAACUUUUGUCGUUCCAGAAACUCAUGAUAUGGUCAAGACAUUGUUUGAUCCCUCAUUGCAUAAAUCAAACUUGGAAUUAACCAUUUUGGGUUGUUUAUGUGCCAACUUGCUUGUUUUUUUAAUACCACUGAAUCAAGUGCGAAUUGGUGUGUUUAUUGGAUUAUAUAUAUUCUGGAGAUUGUCUUACAACUUUGGUAUUGGGUGGUUAUUACAACAACAAUCAACUCAUAAUAGGUUGGUAUCCUGGUCUAGAGAUGGUAACUUGUUUGAUUCUAAAAAUAAGCUGUUUUGGGCUAAAGUCGUGCAAAAAGAAGUCAAGUCCCAGCGAGGUAAAGACUAUGUUAUCUCAUCCUUACCUAUAGAAUUCAACACUUGGCUCGUUUUUAGAAAAUUUGUGGACUUGAUUUUAAUGUCAGAUUUUGUCACCUUUUGCUGUGUGGUUUACACUUGCGCAAUUGCUAAUGCUGAAGACUUCCACAACACUUGGACAGUUUACCUAAGAAUAAUUGUUGGUUUGAGUUUAAUUUUGUUUAAUUUGUGGGUUAAAGUCAAUGCUCACAACACAAUCAAGGAUUAUGCUUGGUAUUGGGGUGAUUUUUUCUUCCGACAAAUCAAUAAUGAAGAAUUGAUUUUUGAUGGUGUUUUCGAAAUGGUACCCCAUCCAAUGUAUUCAGUGGGCUAUGUGGGUUAUUAUGGAUUUGCCUUAAUAGCCAAAUCAUAUACAGUAUUGGCAAUUGCAAUCUUUGGCCAUUUCUUGCAAAUGAUUUUCCUUCAUUAUAUUGAAAAUCCUCAUAUUGAUAAGAUCUAUGGUCCUUCGAAGAACGAAAUAAAUUUAAUCAAGAUUUUGAAGUUGAAAGAUUUGAAACAUUUUGAAAAUAUGCCACCAUUGGUUGGUUUUUACAAUUUCAAUUGGAUGAGAGCAAGCGAUGUAUUGAAUUUGAUUUUAAUAACCACUUAUGGUGUCGUAAUUCCAUUAUUGUCAAGGAACUCUUAUAAAUUAUUCUUUGCCUUGACGGUGGGUACAAAGGUGUUUGAAAGUUUCUUUAUCAAUACAAUGUUGAUUUGGCAAAGCUACUCGAAAUAUUUUACCAAGUGGUGUCUUUCGAAUGAUAUUCCGGUCGAGAAAUCAUUAAACAAUUGGGCUAUAUUAUACAAUUCUUUGAUCAAUUUGACAUACUCAUCUUUGUUUGGUAUGAAUUUUGCGCAUAUCCUUCAAGGCACCACUGAUGUACUUUACCAUGAUUUGUUCUACUUGAGAGUCUUUGUUGGUUGCUUGUUGAUUGUGACCCAAACUUGGAUCAAUGCAUCAAUAAUUGACCUGAUUGGAUACUUUGGCUAUUUCUAUGGUGAUUUUUUCAUUCCAAAAUCGCAGCACUUGACCAAAGCUGGUGUAUACCGUUACUUGAACAAUCCAGAACAAAUCUUUGGUGUUUGUGGAGUUAUGGGUGUGUUUAUUAUAUGGCCAACAUACGAAAACAUUGUCUGUUGUAUUUUAUGGGUUGCCAACAAUUUCAUUCGUAUCAAUUUCAUUGAAAAGGCUCAUAUGCUCAGAGUAUAUGGCGAGCAAGAAGUAAAUCAAGAUUCUGGGGUCACGAAAACCUUCAAAAAACACUUGAUUCCUGAUGUUAUACAAAGAAGAAUUAGCAACGACGAGCCAAUGAGAAGAAGAAGAAGUAACCCUGGACUGAGUAUUGCUGAAUCAUUUGAAAAUUUCAUCAAGGAUUUACAAAAUUCCAAGGUUAAAUUAUCGCAGCAGAAGUUGAUUGAAUUAUCACAAAACUUGUCAUUUGCAAAUUCCGAUUAUAAAUUGACCAUUCCUGAAUUGAAUGUUGACAAAGCAACCAAUUCGAAAUACAUAACUAUUGGAUCACCAAUCAAGGUCAAUUGGCAAUCACCUGCUUCCACUCAUUCUACGCGAAACUGGAUUGGAUUAUACAAAAUUCUGCAAACUACAUACUCGAGAAACAAGACACUUCUUUCAUCAUCGGGCAGAUGGACCUAUUGUGAAACCCCCAAUGGGACAUUUACAUUCACCAAGGAUAAGCUAUUUUGGGAACAAGGUGUUUACGAAGUCAGAUACCAUUUGGAUGGCGGGCAUGACGUGGCAUAUAUUUCUGAACCAUUUGAAAUUAAAUCGCCACAUAUAGAUGUCCCCAAUGAUGAAUCAGAAUCUGCAUUGGAUGGUUUUGCCAAUGAAUUGAAACUGGAAAUUUUUGAUCGUGUAUUUGCUAUUGAUUCAAUUGAUACUUCGAUACAAGCCAUAGCUACGCAAUCGGAUGAAAAUGUGUUGGAAAUGUACAAUUUGUUGAGCACGGUUAUUUCGCAAACUACUAAUAUUCGUAUUAGUUCGAAGAUUUUCCUCAAUCAUGAUAACAUUUCAAUCAAAGAAGUGGCUAGGAAAUUGUAUGAUAUUAAUCAUAUUCUCAAUGAUUUGUCAUAUGAUGUAUCCAUUAAGAAGAAUGAAUAA